CCUUCAAGUGCUUUCAAGAUGGAUAUCUCUUCCCUGCUAGAGGGCUCUAGAGANCCCCCUGUACCUUCGCCAGGCUCGUCCUCGCGUUAUCCUACCAGCAACUCUCUUCCCAGACUUGACAUGGACUCGGGUUACACUCACAACACACAACCUAAUCUGAUGCCUCUACAACCAAGCAUCCAACAAUCCUUGCCUACUCGCUUCCAACCACCUACUUUCUCAUCACAAAGCUUCAACCCUCAACUACCGCCUUACCACCAACAGCAGAACUUUGGCCAGCUACCUCCUAUCACAACCCAGGAUCAAAGGCUACCUCCGCCACCCGUCAAUGGUUACACGGCCAAUGGCCCGGUUAACAAGCGAUUAGCUCCUUCUGGGCCUCAUCCAUCUGAGUCUCCAGCCAAGAAGAAGCAAUCCAAGUGGAGCCCCGAGGAGGAUGCUGCCAUCAUUGAGCUUCGUGGCAAUGGCAUGAAGUGGGAAGACAUUUCCAAGCAUUUGCCUGGCCGCAGUGCCAUCAGCUGCAGACUUCGCUUCCAGAACUACCUUGAGCGUCGGUCUGAGUGGGACGACGAGAAGAAGAACAAGCUUGCCCGUCUCUACGAAAGGUUCAAGAAGGACAUGUGGGAGAAGAUCGCCAAAGAGAUGGCCUUGCCAUGGCGAGCUGCCGAGGCAAUGCACUGGCAAAUUGGUGAAGUCGAGAUGGCUAGCCGUGCCAAUGUUCCCGUUUUCCAUCUGGCUGGUUCCGCUUCGCAAUCUCAAUCACAGUCACAAACAGCUGCUGCCAGAGCACAACAUUACUACUCUGCAUCGAGCUCAACCUCAGCUUCGGCCGGCCAUGGUGAGCCCCGUAGCAACAGCACCUCACCUACCACAUCGGCCCACGGUCACUACCAGCUUCCUUAUACUUUCGCUCAACAAACCCACAACCACGCUUUACCGCAGAUGGUCCAAUCACAACCUCUCUCACCUGGUAGCGCAAGGUCGCGCAGAAACAGUGCAACCUCGCUCAACGGUACAGAUAUCAGAACCCGUGCAGAUAGUGCACGCGAUUCUGUCAUUCCUCAACCGCGAACAACCCUUGAACCAAAUCGACAGCACAUUCACAAGCGCUAUGUUAGCCCCUUCGCCGACAAAGUCUCGGACAGCGAGACGAAUUGA